GCCGGCUGCAGCAUUAAUUUACCCUACCCUAAACCCCAUGUUGGUAAAAGCUGAUCGUAAGGCCAAAAAGAGAGAAGUAAGAUGGCGGAGGAGGGUGGUGCAUCAUCGAGAGGAGAAGUGAAGCACAUAUUACUGGGCAAGUUCAAAGAUGGGAUAUCUCAAGAACAGAUCGAUCAUCUCAUCAAAGGAUAUGCCGAUCUCGUUGACCUUAUCCAACCCAUGAAGUCCUUUACCUGGGGUAAAGAUGUGAGCAUAGAGAAGCUUAACCAAGGUUUCACUCAUGUGUUUGAAUCGACAUUCGAUAGCACAGAAGGAAUUGCAGAGUACAUUGCCCAUCCCCUUCAUGUUGAGUAUGCAAACAAACUUCUUCCUCAACUGGAGAAGGUCCUUGUCAUAGACUACAAACCUGCACCUCUAGCUUGAACUCCAAUAUCUAUUUUGCAUACUUUUUCACCAAGUAUGCAAGCAAACUUCUUCCUCAUGUCAGUUUUUCUUUAUUUCGGUCUUUAUUUCAGGUCUCGAACUUGUGCCGAGGUUGAUUUUCUUGAAGUGUUUGUUUUCACUGAUAUGAUGCACUAAAGUAAGAUAUCUGCACGAGCUAUUCUCUAUCCAUAUGAAAUGUAUGUUUUGCACGAGAAACUAUUCAUUAUAACGUCACGGGCACCAACUUGAAAUGAAGAGGGCAAAACACAUGUUUCAAAUAUGAAGAAUGUCC